AUGUUCGCCAACAUAGCGAAAAUAUGUAUUCAUUUGAAGGGGAUUUUCGGCGUAAACCGCAACAAAACUUGUCCGGGGCCAGUGCUCAGCGUAAAACCAACCGAGAUGCUCUCAUUCUCCAGACUCAACAACAAAGACAAAAACGAGAGUUACCUGACUAGGAAACACUGCAAGCAGAGUGAACGGGAGCAGUUUGACAACAUAUUCCCUAAAGUUAAUGCUGAUGAUAUUGAUCUGUUGUGUGCACUGGUUGUAAAAAUUCUGUUCUUUUACGAUGGAAAAGUUGAUUCCUCUAGACUGGUACCUUUAGCUGUGCCACUCAGAAUGUUUGAAGUAUUCACUUCUGUCAAUUCAGCAGAAAAUUCUAUGAACUCCGACGAAGUAUUGAGCAAUGUUGCUGGAACAUUUUUGUAUUUAGUAAAAAGAGGCUAUUUUACGGAGCUACGGGAGCUGUUAUGCCGGAAGACGCCCCCGCUGUACGGGCCCUCUCCUAACCCGCCCACGCCUCUUUGCGGAGCCCUGCUGGACCUUAUUCAGAGGCCUCUCAAUCUGACCACGCACGUUGACGUCAGUGGAUAUGAUAACAUGGUGAUGUCAGAAUUCGCAUCAGCAUUCCUCUGCAACCCGUACCCCGAGCCGGUGGAGAUGUACAUAAUCCCAGCACUGUCCGUGGACAGCAGAAAGUUCCCAUUCCUGUCCCUCGUGCAGUGUCUACGGGACGAGACCAUAUUCAACAAGAGAGUGCUCAAUGAUUCGUGGCUUCUGCAUUCUGUGCUUUCACUAGAACCUCCAGGGUUUGCGAACGAAAUCCGCAAUAUAAACAACACAAGACUGCCAAACAAUCCCAUCGUCCUAGACUACCUUAAAAUAAUAGCCCAGCUCACCGUGAACGUGUGCAAUAAACAAAUAACUUACGAAUACGAAGACUCCUUGUACAGCCAAGAGACUGCGGCAGAUAAAGACGACGAUAGCGACAGUGAGACAGAACCGAAUCCAACUUCUGUACGAGAGCAGAUGUUGCUCACCCGUUGUAUAGAAAUCCUGAAUGAGCCGGAUAGAUGCGUGAUGGCUACGUGCUCGCAGGUAACAGAGAGUGAUCUGAGUGAGGACUUCUUGGAUUGUUUGUCGAAGAUCUGCCAUAAUUUGCUGCUGAGUCACAGGAUGGCGUUGCAUAAAUAUAGAUUACUAUACACCCUCGCUUUCAAGCCCAUAUUCCUGCGAGGCCUAUGGCACUGGCUGAGCCACAUGAGCCACGAGUCGUCGUUCGGCGGGUCGGCCACGCCGCUGCUGUCCGCGCUGUCCCGCGGCAUGGGCGCCGACUCCACCGUGCUCGGCGUGCACCGGCUGCUGGCGCCGCUGGCUGUCUUCUGCGCGCUCUUCUCGCUGCUCAUCGGCACGCUGCACGACACCGAGUUCUGCAGGGACGUCGAUGAUGAUGAUAGCAUGAGCUGCAACUCCAUAUUUAAUAACGACAUCAGCGUAUCUCACUUACCCACCGGCGGCGGCGGCCGCGUCCAUGCCUUCGAGUUCUCAGAGCUCGGCGGUUUAUGCCGGACGCUCCGUCAAGUCUGCCUCGGGCUGGUGGAACUGGCCUAUCCGGAGUCCCGGCCGGCGGUCAACACACAGUAUCGGGAUGCAGUCGGAGCGCCUAUAGAACUGGCAGGCAGUCAGACGCCUGCCUGGUCGCAUUUAUUCAAGGUGUGCACGCACCUCCUGCGUGCGCUGUACGUGCGCGACUCGCGGCUGUGCUUCAUGGCCGGGGGCUCGUGGCCGGUGCGGGGCUGCGUGCCCGAGGGCGCGGCCGCGGUGCUGGUGGUGGCGGGCACGCACGUGCGCCCCAACCCGCGCCAGCUGCGCCGCCCGCAGCAUCUGCACCACGCCAGGGACCAGGGUGAGUACUCCGAGGGAGAGAGACAGACGAGUGUAGUGACGUGGUCGGUGCGGGGCUGCGUGCCCGAGGGCGCGGCCGCGGUGCUGGUGGUGGCGGGCACGCACGUGCGCCCCAACCCGCGCCAGCUGCGCCGCCCGCAGCAUCUGCACCACGCCAGGGACCAGGGUGAGUACUCCGAGGGAGAGAGACAGACGAGUGUAGUGACGUGGCCGGUGCGGGGCUGCGUGCCCGAGGGCGCGGCCGCGGUGCUGGUGGUGGCGGGCACGCACGUGCGCCCCAACCCGCGCCAGCUGCGCCGCCCGCAGCAUCUGCACCACGCCAGGGACCAGGGUGAGUACUCCGAGGGAGAGAGACAGACGAGUGUAGUGACGUGGCCGGUGCGGGGCUGCGUGCCCGAGGGCGCGGCCGCGGUGCUGGUGGUGGCGGGCACGCACGUGCGCCCCAACCCGCGCCAGCUGCGCCGCCCGCAGCAUCUGCACCACGCCAGGGACCAGGGUGAGUACUCCGAGGGAGAGAGACAGACGAGUGUAGUGACGUGGCCGGUGCGGGGCUGCGUGCCCGAGGGCGCGGCCGCGGUGCUGGUGGUGGCGGGCACGCACGUGCGCCCCAACCCGCGCCAGCUGCGCCGCCCGCAGCAUCUGCACCACGCCAGGGACCAGGGUGAGUACUCCGAGGGAGAGAGACAGACGAGUGUAGUGACGUGGCCGGUGCGGGGCUGCGUGCCCGAGGGCGCGGCCGCGGUGCUGGUGGUGGCGGGCACGCACGUGCGCCCCAACCCGCGCCAGCUGCGCCGCCCGCAGCAUCUGCACCACGCCAGGGACCAGGGUGAGUACUCCGAGGGAGAGAGACAGACGAGUGUAGUGACGUGGCCGGUGCGGGGCUGCGUGCCCGAGGGCGCGGCCGCGGUGCUGGUGGUGGCGGGCACGCACGUGCGCCCCAACCCGCGCCAGCUGCGCCGCCCGCAGCAUCUGCACCACGCCAGGGACCAGGGUGAGUACUCCGAGGGAGAGAGACAGACGAGUGUAGUGACGUGGCCGGUGCGGGGCUGCGUGCCCGAGGGCGCGGCCGCGGUGCUGGUGGUGGCGGGCACGCACGUGCGCCCCAACCCGCGCCAGCUGCGCCGCCCGCAGCAUCUGCACCACGCCAGGGACCAGGGUGAGUACUCCGAGGGAGAGAGACAGACGAGUGUAGUGACGUGGCCGGUGCGGGGCUGCGUGCCCGAGGGCGCGGCCGCGGUGCUGGUGGUGGCGGGCACGCACGUGCGCCCCAACCCGCGCCAGCUGCGCCGCCCGCAGCAUCUGCACCACGCCAGGGACCAGGGUGAGUACUCCGAGGGAGAGAGACAGACGAGUGUAGUGACGUGGCCGGUGCGGGGCUGCGUGCCCGAGGGCGCGGCCGCGGUGCUGGUGGUGGCGGGCACGCACGUGCGCCCCAACCCGCGCCAGCUGCGCCGCCCGCAGCAUCUGCACCACGCCAGGGACCAGGGUGAGUACUCCGAGGGAGAGAGACAGACGAGUGUAGUGACGUGGCCGGUGCGGGGCUGCGUGCCCGAGGGCGCGGCCGCGGUGCUGGUGGUGGCGGGCACGCACGUGCGCCCCAACCCGCGCCAGCUGCGCCGCCCGCAGCAUCUGCACCACGCCAGGGACCAGGGUGAGUACUCCGAGGGAGAGAGACAGACGAGUGUAGUGACGUGGCCGGUGCGGGGCUGCGUGCCCGAGGGCGCGGCCGCGGUGCUGGUGGUGGCGGGCACGCACGUGCGCCCCAACCCGCGCCAGCUGCGCCGCCCGCAGCAUCUGCACCACGCCAGGGACCAGGGUGAGUACUCCGAGGGAGAGAGACAGACGAGUGUAGUGACGUGGCCGGUGCGGGGCUGCGUGCCCGAGGGCGCGGCCGCGGUGCUGGUGGUGGCGGGCACGCACGUGCGCCCCAACCCGCGCCAGCUGCGCCGCCCGCAGCAUCUGCACCACGCCAGGGACCAGGGUGAGUACUCCGAGGGAGAGAGACAGACGAGUGUAGUGACGUGGCCGGUGCGGGGCUGCGUGCCCGAGGGCGCGGCCGCGGUGCUGGUGGUGGCGGGCACGCACGUGCGCCCCAACCCGCGCCAGCUGCGCCGCCCGCAGCAUCUGCACCACGCCAGGGACCAGGGUGAGUACUCCGAGGGAGAGAGACAGACGAGUGUAGUGACGUGGCCGGUGCGGGGCUGCGUGCCCGAGGGCGCGGCCGCGGUGCUGGUGGUGGCGGGCACGCACGUGCGCCCCAACCCGCGCCAGCUGCGCCGCCCGCAGCAUCUGCACCACGCCAGGGACCAGGGUGAGUACUCCGAGGGAGAGAGACAGACGAGUGUAGUGACGUGGCCGGUGCGGGGCUGCGUGCCCGAGGGCGCGGCCGCGGUGCUGGUGGUGGCGGGCACGCACGUGCGCCCCAACCCGCGCCAGCUGCGCCGCCCGCAGCAUCUGCACCACGCCAGGGACCAGGGUGAGUACUCCGAGGGAGAGAGACAGACGAGUGUAGUGACGUGGCCGGUGCGGGGCUGCGUGCCCGAGGGCGCGGCCGCGGUGCUGGUGGUGGCGGGCACGCACGUGCGCCCCAACCCGCGCCAGCUGCGCCGCCCGCAGCAUCUGCACCACGCCAGGGACCAGGGUGAGUACUCCGAGGGAGAGAGACAGACGAGUGUAGUGACGUGGCCGGUGCGGGGCUGCGUGCCCGAGGGCGCGGCCGCGGUGCUGGUGGUGGCGGGCACGCACGUGCGCCCCAACCCGCGCCAGCUGCGCCGCCCGCAGCAUCUGCACCACGCCAGGGACCAGGGUGAGUACUCCGAGGGAGAGAGACAGACGAGUGUAGUGACGUGGCCGGUGCGGGGCUGCGUGCCCGAGGGCGCGGCCGCGGUGCUGGUGGUGGCGGGCACGCACGUGCGCCCCAACCCGCGCCAGCUGCGCCGCCCGCAGCAUCUGCACCACGCCAGGGACCAGGGUGAGUACUCCGAGGGAGAGAGACAGACGAGUGUAGUGACGUGGCCGGUGCGGGGCUGCGUGCCCGAGGGCGCGGCCGCGGUGCUGGUGGUGGCGGGCACGCACGUGCGCCCCAACCCGCGCCAGCUGCGCCGCCCGCAGCAUCUGCACCACGCCAGGGACCAGGGUGAGUACUCCGAGGGAGAGAGACAGACGAGUGUAGUGACGUGGCCGGUGCGGGGCUGCGUGCCCGAGGGCGCGGCCGCGGUGCUGGUGGUGGCGGGCACGCACGUGCGCCCCAACCCGCGCCAGCUGCGCCGCCCGCAGCAUCUGCACCACGCCAGGGACCAGGGUGAGUACUCCGAGGGAGAGAGACAGACGAGUGUAGUGACGUGGCCGGUGCGGGGCUGCGUGCCCGAGGGCGCGGCCGCGGUGCUGGUGGUGGCGGGCACGCACGUGCGCCCCAACCCGCGCCAGCUGCGCCGCCCGCAGCAUCUGCACCACGCCAGGGACCAGGGUGAGUACUCCGAGGGAGAGAGACAGACGAGUGUAGUGACGUGGCCGGUGCGGGGCUGCGUGCCCGAGGGCGCGGCCGCGGUGCUGGUGGUGGCGGGCACGCACGUGCGCCCCAACCCGCGCCAGCUGCGCCGCCCGCAGCAUCUGCACCACGCCAGGGACCAGGGUGAGUACUCCGAGGGAGAGAGACAGACGAGUGUAGUGACGUGGCCGGUGCGGGGCUGCGUGCCCGAGGGCGCGGCCGCGGUGCUGGUGGUGGCGGGCACGCACGUGCGCCCCAACCCGCGCCAGCUGCGCCGCCCGCAGCAUCUGCACCACGCCAGGGACCAGGACGAGGGACCGCCGCUAACAAUCAAAGAGCUCCGAACAGUCACUAUUCUAAGAGAAAUCCCGUUCGUUGUUCCGUUUGCCACGAGAGUCCUUAUUUUCCAAGGAUUACUUGUUAGAGAAAAGCACGACCACUGGUAUGAAAUGUCAAAUUUCAACGAGGGACCUUCAAUAAACAUUAGCGUACGACGGACGCAUCUAUAUGAAGAUGCUUUUGACAAACUCAGUCCUGACAAUGAGCCGGACAUGAAGCUGAAGCUGCGCGUGCAGCUUAUCAACCAGGCUGGUGCUGAGGAGGCGGGCGUCGAUGGCGGCGGACUGUUUAGGGAAUUCCUUUCAGAACUACUCAAAUCGGCUUUCGACCCUAAUAGAGGCUUGUUCAGGCUGACGAAAGAUAACAUGCUGUAUCCCAAUCCUGGGGUACAUUUACUAUAUGACGACUUCCCUAUGCAUUACUAUUUCGUUGGUCGAAUGCUUGGAAAGGCGUUAUACGAGAACCUACUAGUGGAACUGCCGUUAGCGGAAUUCUUCCUCGGGAAGCUGUGCUCCUCCCGUGAACCUGACGUGCACGCGCUGGCCUCUCUAGACCCGGCGCUGUACCGCGGCCUGCUUAUGUUAAAGUCACAUCGGCGGCAGGACGUGCCUGACUUGGGGCUCGACUUCACGAUAGUCAGCGACGAGCUAGGGGAACAGCGGAUAGAAGAAUUAAAACCCGGCGGAUCUAACAUUCCAGUUACUUCUGAAAAUAGGAUAGAAUACAUUCAUUUAGUAGCCGAUUACAAAUUAAACAGGCAAAUAAGAUCGCAGUGCAAUGCGUUCAAACGCGGUCUGACAUCAGUAGUAAACGCGGAGUGGCUUCGAAUGUUCUCAUGCCGAGAACUGCAACUGCUCAUAUCGGGCGCGGAGGUGCCGAUAGACCUGGACGAUCUGAGAGCGCACACACAAUAUGCUGGCGGUUUCUCCGCGACGCACCCAACGGUGCAGUGGUUCUGGAAAGUGGUGGAAAACUUCGCGGACGCGCAGCGUCGGCAGCUACUCAAGUUCGUCACCAGCUGCUCGAGGCCACCGCUACUGGGUUUCAAGGACCUCCAGCCCCCGUUCUGCAUCCAGUCAGCGGGCGCGUCCGACCGCCUGCCGUCGUCGUCGACAUGCAUGAACCUGCUCAAGCUGCCCGAGUUCCACUCCGAGCAGCAGCUCCACGAGAAGCUGCUCUACGCCAUACAGGCCGGCGCCGGCUUCGAGCUCAGCUAAAGUGAGUUACAAUGACACCUAUACCUCCAGAUCCGUUCUGAAUCCAAUCAGCGGGCGCGUCCGACCGGCUGCCAUCGUCGUCGACCUGCAUGAACCUGCUCAAGCUGCCCGAGUUCCACUCCGAGCAGCAGCUCCACGAGAAGCUGCUCUACGCCAUACAGGCCGGCGCCGGCUUCGAGCUCAGCUAAAGUCGGAGAACAAUGUUGUAUGCGUGCAAAUAACUUAAUGAAUUAUUUUGAAAGAUUUUUCAUAAAUAGUACAUCUAAAUGUGAUAAUAUUAUAUCUAAUGACGUUCAGUGUCUUAUUGUGUAAAUAGUAAAAUGUUACCCGAUCCAUACACUCACUUUAUUUUAAGAUCAUGCAUAUAAUCUUACGAUUGCAGUAUGUUUAUUUUUUAUGUUCCUAUUUUAUUUAUAAUAAAAUAUCUUGACUUAUUUAAAAUAUUUGGCAUCAUCACACGAAGCGGGUUUACUUAUAUAUUUGACUGGUUUUCGAAAAAUGGGACUAUAAAGCGACUGGUCCUUACGCUAUUAUUUGCGAUGCUCCAAUACAAAUUCGUUGAGGCUUAGCAUAUCGCAUUAUGGUCCCUUUUGGCUAGCAACGACUCAUUAGACCAUCGUUUUAAUAUCGUUUUAUGUGACACUACUUCUACGUGUAAAUAUAAUGGCAAACGCCCUACUUGUGUAAUUAGCUAGUCCGGAUUGAUACUGUUUUAUUUGACGUGUAAAAGGAAGUGAAUUAUUAUGAAAUUUCGAAUGCAAUUGUACAUAGUCGUAACGGCUGUUGAGUUGAGGCAAAAUUCUUGCACAUCAAAAAAUGUCGAGGCAAUAUGAAUUACGAUCAUGUAUUUUCUGAUGCGAAACUCUGCGUAUCAAAGUCAAGAUAAAUCUUCUAAAAUCGUGUUAUAACUGUUGGUUUGUUGUUUUGUGUUCAAUGCGGUGAGUAAAAUUGCUUGACUCUCCGUGAAUUAUAAAAUUGCUUAAUUCUCCGUAAAUAUUUUGUAUUGACGACGAAAAAUACGCAAUUUGUUUCUUAAACUGUACCUUUAAAAGGUCAGCAACUAGGCAGACAGUACGAUUGCUCAGUUACUAACUGUCGUGGUCAGAAAUAACUUGGUAAGUAAUACAGUCUAAUUAACAGCAGAGCAAUGUUGAUCUCAUUAAAAUUUAAAAUUGCUUAAAAUACUUUUUAUUCGUUUUUUUUUAUAUUGAGAAACAGGCCAAGAAUCUUGACUCGACUAAACAGCCGUUAAUUAGUUCAAUGGAUGGGUAUAGAUGCAUAGAUAUAUUUACCGUGUCGGUCUGGUACCUGUAUAUUAUAUCCGUGACAAUUUGUGUCAAAUUUGCGUUUUUAUUUUAGAUUAUAUAUUUUAGUACCUAUUUAAUAAAGUUGUCGUACCCUUCA